AUGGUCCGUCUAUACAAUUCUGUUCUGCUUCUCAGCCUUCUAGGCAUGGGCCUCGCCGUUGCAGCUCCCCAAUUCGACCAGGAGGCUGAGCUGCGCAAGUCAGAAUGUGAUAAUGGCUGCUUCUUUGGUAGCUUCCCAGGCGGCUCGUGCACGGAUGAUGCAGCAUGUAUGUGUACACAGCAAAAGUAUCGCGAAGCCUACUUCUGCUGUAUGGCCGAGAAAUGUGAUUCUGAUGUAAUGCCAGAAUCCAUCGAGCGGCAGCAUACCGAGUGUAGUGCUAGGAACCUUGAUUUCAGCUUUGACGCCGAGAAAGUCUGUGGCAUCAAGUUGACAACCACUGCUACUUCUACUUCCUCAGCGACUGUGACUGCUAAAACGACUAGUGUCAAACAUGAAUCUCUGGCAACAACGGCCUCUGCCUCUAUAACCUCAACCAGGGAAACCACCACAGUGCCCGAGAACGUUCAGAGUACAGAGAGCACAGAGAGCACCGCGCAGACAUCAACUACAGCAAGCGCAAUUCCAGUGACGGAUAGCGCAGCGCAGUUGAGAGCCGCCAUGGACAUUGGUUUCACUCUAGUUGUGGUCUCCGGAUUACUGCUUAUUUAA